UGAUGAAUGCUAACAAUGUGUUUUAUUAUAUCUUUGUUACAUGUCAUACAUGUAUUUAGUAUCUAUUUAAUUACAGGCUACCCUCCACCACCAGCUUACGAAGAGCAAAACAAGGGAGUUUCGAGUGCUUACCCACCACCGGAGACAGGCUAUCCUUCCCAAGGGUACGCUCAACCAGGGUACGGCCAGACCGGGUAUACCCACCAAUCAACAACGGCAGUGGUUGUGACACAGCCAGGAUAUGCUGGCCAAGUGGUAGCAAUGCCAAGACCUCCAGAUUACAUGAUCGGCUCAAUCAUGGCCUGUCUCUGUUGUUUUUGGCCGACAGGAUUGUGUGCUAUAUACUAUGCAUCCCAGGCCAGCAAAUUGUCAGCUGAAGGAGAUAUGGUUGGUGCCACAAAUAUGGCAAACAGUGCCAGAAACCUGAUGAUCACAAGCAUUGUGAUUGGCGUGAUAUGGAUCGGCCUUGUUAUUGUCCUCAGAGCGAUUGUAUACGCAGAUUACUACAGCAACAGUAGCUAUUAGGUGAUCAAAUCAAUGAGACGCUUGAAAGGGAGAUAAAUCCAAAAGUAGCCAAUCGCCCCUACUCCAGUCUAAAAUCAAAGAAGAAAACAAAUCUUGUCAACUAGACACUUUUGAAAUACAUAUACGACGCUGGAAAUUCCAAAGUAUUCCGAAUCUUUACAAAUCAAUUUUAAAUGGAAGAUUUGAUUCGAUAGUUGACAUUUACAAUGCAAACUUACUUUAUUGGACAUAUUUGGAAAUAUCAUUUCCGGGCUUGACUUUUAUUUAUGUGCGUAGAUCUAUGUAUUUUUUAAGAAAUUUAUAAUCUAAAGCUUUUGUGAUAAAAAAAAACAUUUUAUAGUUUUAUUAUAAAUGUUUCAUAUAUUUGAGUCAAAUAUUUGGUAUAACAAUUGGUUACAUUGAUAUAACAUUAUGUGUGUUUUUGUUUAUAUGUUCAAAACCUAUAAAACAAACUGUAUGAUUCAUGUUGACGAACUAAUUUUAAGGUAGACCACUGCUAAUGGGCACUACAUUGUAAAAGGAACUAUAAAAUUGCCAACAUAGGAUAGUUACAUGUAUAUGCCUUAAAUGUCACCUGUAUGCAAGAUUCAAAUUAAAUUUACCGUGUUGUUUAUGAGUUAUUGACAUUUUUCUGAACUAAAACUUUGUCAUAAGAAAGGCUUUUUUCAAAAAUGAGGAAACUCCAAAUAAUCUAUAAUAUCAUCAUUAUGAAAAAUGUUUUCCUAUUCCUCGUUGUUAAGAAACAAAUAACUAUCAGGUAACAAAUUACAAAAUUUGGCACUGUUUAGCAAAUAACUACCUACAAUAAUUGUAUAAUUAAUAUUAAGCAUUUUUUUACAUAAGGGAUCUGAGAGAUACAUAAAUAAUGUUAUAAAAAAAGAAAGAAAACAAGUUGCCUUCCUGGGGUUGAACCCACGCCCAUUAUUUUCAAUGCACUUGCCUAUUUGAAUACUCUUCGUCGUGGAGGUAAUGCAUUAGCAGUGGUCUACCUUAACAAAUGCAUUCGGUGACGUUAUGCUGUUAGUGUAUAUGAUGACGUGAGAUUUAGUGUGUGUGUGUGUGUUGGUGCGCGCGUUUGUGCGUGCGUGUGUGUGUGUGUUUGUGUGUGCGUGCGCGUGUGUAUGUAUGAUAAAAUAUAACGUAUUUAUGCAUCUUCUCGUGUGUUUUUAGAAAAUAAUGUACAUGUAAAUUUUUAUAUUAGUUGCUUUUAUGUAUUGUUUGGGAUUUAAAUAAUUGAAUUCAAAUAAAUACCAUACUUAAUAUCGCGACAAGAACAAAGUAGUCAUAAAGUGGACUGUUAUUUAAUUUUAAACUGUAAGUCAUCAAAUGCUUAAAAAUAAGGAAAUUAAAAUGACAUGUAUCGUGCCAUUUUUGAGUAAUUGUAAAACAGCAUUUGGAAUUUGCAAUUGGAAUGCUUUGCAUAAUACCAAGAAAAUAUAUGUUAAAAUUUGUUAACCUUUGUCAUCUAUUUUCUGAUAAUAAAUGAACAUUUUGUUUUA